GGUCAGAGACUCUCAUGGUGCAUUUGUUGUUGUGGUUGCAGAGAAGAGUCGAAGCGGCGAGAGCGAGAGCAGAAGCAGAAGCAGAAUGGGUCGCGUGAGAACGAAGACUGUGAAGAAGUCAUCACGGCAAGUGAUAGAGCGCUACUACUCGCGCAUGACACUGGAUUUCCACACGAACAAGAAGCUUCUAGAAGAAGUGGCGAUCAUCCCGUCGAAGAGGCUCCGCAACAAGAUCGCGGGGUUCUCGACCCACCUCAUGAAGCGCAUCCAGAAGGGUCCCGUUCGCGGCAUCUCCCUCAAGCUCCAGGAGGAGGAGCGCGAGCGCCGCAUGGACUUCGUUCCCGAGGUUUCCGCCAUCAACACCGACCACAUCGAGGUCGACAAGGAGACCCUCGACAUGCUCCACUCCCUCGGAAUCAACGACCUUUCCGGCAUCACCCAGGUUGACCCUGUCCCUGUUCAGCAGACCUUCCCCUUCACCAGGAGGUACUGAACAUCGCUUUAUCGUUUCACCUUCUGUUUUCGCUUUUCCCUUUUCCCUUUCUUUUGCGACUUUCUUCUUUUCGUUUUAUGUCGUCGAUUUACUCUCUUUUUGUCCUUGUUUGAAAUUUGAAACCGGACUCGGUAUUUAUUAGGGUUUUCAAUUAUAUCAUAUCGUAUACUCUUCGUAUUUUGGUUUUUAAUUGAUUUGAGCAAUGUGGUAAUGGUAAUGGGACUCGGAGCAAUUUAGGGGUAAUCAUAAACCCUAAUUUCGUUUA